GAAAGAGACGGCAUGUUUCAGGAGGAAAGUAGUAUGAUUCAAGCAGCAAGGAGCUGCUUCAAACAGUGUAUUAGUCAAAAAGAACAAACAGAACGAGGGAGAGCUGGGAGGACAAUUCUUGGGGGCAGCUUGUUGGAGGUUGUGUGCACAGGCACAUGCUGUCAGCACCUGAGUGGUGCGGGGGCCAAGUGAUUCAAACCAGGACAGUCUGACCCUGAAGAGGAACUAGGCUGCUGCCUCCUACAAAAGUAAUUUCAGUUCUCUUGGUGAGGGAAGCAGCAAAUGCCAGUAAAUAAGCUUACAUUUUUGUCUCUGGUACUGCAGUUUUACAAAACCCAGUCUCUUAGGUUUGUUUGCUUUUAACUAAUAAGCUCGUACAGCGUAGCUGUGAGCAUUGCAGGACACUUUAAAAUUAGUCUGUGGCUGUAAUCAGGUCAUGAGAAGAGAAACGGAGAUUUGUUGUGAAAGGUGAUCCUACAGAAUAGUAAGUGUAUCUUGCUUCUUUUUGGGCAUGUAAAAAAAUGAAUGUCUUAAUCAGCAGUAUGAUUGCAUUCAGACUUGUUUUCUCUGUUCAUUGUUUCUCUGCUUUCAAAAGUAGCUUCCUGUUUUGAUUGGUUUUGGUUUUGUUAACAUCCUCAUUGAUAAGUGUACCUGUUCCUGCUAAUCUUUAGAGCCAGCACAGCCAAGAGCUUGGACUUGCGUAUCAGCAGAAUGGUUUAUUAUGUUCCAUUAUUGGGGAUUUCUUAUUGCUGGUGAUGGGUGAGCGUGAAAAAGCACAGCUUGACUUGCACAUCACAGGCUCCUCUUUAGCCUACUGUCCUGAAGGCAAGAGGUUCUGGCACAUAAGGAGUCUCUAUUAACAAUUCAAGUUGGCUGGAGAAUGGAAGGUGUUGAGUUUAAGGAAGAAUGGCAAGAUGAAGAUUUUCCAAGGCCUCUGCCAGAGGAUGAUCCUGUGGAGUCAGAUCUAUUGGCUGCCACUGGAACUGAAAGUGAAGCUGAGGCCAAUGGAACCAAAGUGAGGAAGAAACUGACGGCUCCAGAUAUUAACUUAACUUUGGAUCACAGUGAGGAGUCUGUUUUGUCUGAUGACUUGGAUGAGAGUGGAGAAAUCGAUUUGGACAAUUUAGAUACUCCUUCAGAAAAUAGCAAUGAGUUUGAAUGGGAAGAUGAUCUUCCAAAACCAAAAACUACUGAUGUCAUUAGGAAAGGAUCACUUACUGAAUAUGCUGCGGCAGAGGAGAAAGAUGAUGGUCGACGCUGGCGAAUGUUUAGGAUUGGUGAACAGGACCACAGGGUGGACAUGAAGGCAAUUGAACCAUACAAAAAAGUUAUCAGUCAUGGUGGCUACUAUGGUGAUGGGUUAAAUGCCAUUGUUGUGUUUGCUGUUUGCUUUAUGCCUGAAAGCAGCCAGCCAAACUAUAGAUACCUAAUGGACAAUCUAUUUAAGUAUGUAAUUGGCACUUUAGAACUGUUGGUAGCAGAGAACUAUAUGAUAGUUUAUCUGAAUGGUGCAACAACACGGAGAAAAAUGCCAAGUUUAGGCUGGCUCAGGAAAUGUUACCAGCAAAUUGAUAGAAGGUUAAGGAAAAAUCUGAAAUCAUUAAUCAUAGUUCAUCCUUCUUGGUUCAUCAGAACACUUCUGGCCGUCACAAAACCCUUUAUUAGCUCAAAAUUCAGCCAAAAGAUUAGGUAUGUCUUUACCCUGGCGGAACUAGCUGAACUCAUCCCCAUGGAAUACGUUGGCAUCCCAGAAUGCAUAAAACAGUAUGAAGAAGAAAAGUUUAGAAAGAAACAGAAAAGAGUUGACCAAGAGCUGAAUGGAAAACAAGAGCAGAAGAGUGACCAGUAAGUUUGGAGUCCAGCUAAGACUGAAGAAUAUGCAGAUGGAAUGAUGCUAUCUUUGCUCCAUUUACAAUGCAUUCUCUGUGUGUGUAUGUAAUAUAACAUGUUGCAAAGGGUGCUUAAUUCCUUUGGACUGGCACACAACGGACUGCUUGCUGCUGUAUUGAUCUGUCUUGACUUCAAUAGCUGUGUUUAUAUAUUCAUUUUAUACUGCUAAAUAUCAAAGAACCCUGUGUCUUCAGAGGAUGUUCUUGCAAUUGUUUAUCUAAAUGAUGCAUGUUCUUCAGUAAGAUAUUUAUAUACCUAAAUGUUAAAGAGAUAAUAUAUAUAUAUUUUUAUGACUGAGCAAUAUAUUAUGCGUACCUGCUGAAGGAAUUCAUUUGCAGGUAGACAAGGCCAUAAGUUACUUGUUGUUAUUGUAUAAAUCUGUUUUGCUGUAAAUGGUCAAGUGCAUUUCUUGGUUGUCACAAAACCCUUAAUUUGUUUGACUAUUAACAAUCACAUAAUGUUGUGUUUCACAA